AAAAUUCAAAACAAUGCAAUUUUUAAAAGCACGAAGGAUUAAUUGAAAAUGCCAACAUCAAAACUGAAGUGUUAUGUGUGCCUCAGUGAUAUACUAAAUGCUGAUAAUUCCUCUAUGCUGGAUAAUAUGUGCGAUUCAAGUGAUAAGAGUUACCGAAACAUUUUAAAUGUUAUUCUAAGUAGCGCUAAAGUUCAGCAUGGUUCUGAGCUUUGUUAUUUAUGCAAGGCAUGCCAGAAAUUGGUUGAUGAUAUAAGUCAUCAUGAGGUACAAGUAAGAACCAUUAAGGAUAAUGUGAUUGUCAAGUACAAAAAUGCACAUACUGCUCAGCUUCUCACAGAAAGCAAAAAGGCUACAGAUUGCAGCAGCUCCUCGUUCAUCCUGCCAGCUCAAGCUCAAGUUAUGGAAAAAGGAGCUCAAGCUGGUCAUCCUUCUUACUCAGGUAGGUUGGCAAGAUCUUGGGCAAGGACAACACAAACCUGCUGCUAAAGACCAGACCACUGAACUACAGGCGUCAACGUCUGUGUUGACAGAACGACACAAGUCUCAAUCUCGCCUCUGGACUGUCUCUGCUGAUGGGAAAACCUACCAAUGCACGUUGUGCGACAAGAAGUUUACACAACGCACCUACAUGUACACGCACGUGCGUAUCCACACGGGCGCCCGGCCGCACGCGUGCUCCUCCUGCUCGCGCACGUUCCGCUCAUCGUCAGCGCUGUCUGAACACGAACGAAGCGCGCACACGAGCGGCGCCCAGUUCAGUUGCGAGUUGUGCGGCCAGACGCUGUUACACGCCUCCAGCCUGCGCCAGCACCUACGCCGGCACCGGCAGCCGGCGGCGCACCGCUGCGCUGACUGCGGCAAGACGUUCCACCGGGCGUCGCAGCUGCGCGAGCACGCUGCCGUGCACUCGCAGCGCCGGCCGCACGCCUGCGCCGUCUGCGGUAAGACGUUCAAGAACCCCUCGGGCCUGGUGUACCACGGCCGGAUCCACAGCGGCGAGCGGCCGCACCAGUGCGGCGUAUGUGGCGCCCGGUUCCGCACCAGCUCGAACCUGGCGCGGCACGGACAGAGCCAGCACGGUGCGGGUGCUAAGGCGGCGGCGGAGGGGGCGAGCACGGUCUCUGGUCGUACCAAUCCACCGCCUCCUCGGCCGCCGUCGCCGCCUCCAGUGAGCGAUGCUCAGACGGUGACCCAGCCCCCUCAACCACCGCCGCCGCCGCCGCGGUUCGACCUUCUGCAGCCGGCGGGUUUUGAUGUGACUGGGCCCGAGUUUGUUGUGACACACCACCACCACCACCAUCACCACCAUCACCAGCCUCCGUCGACAGCGCGCGGGGCGCACGGAGCACCGCCGCCGUACGAUCGCUCCCUUCACGAGCUGCUACCCGUGCCGAUGGAGACGUACCGACCUCUCUGAGCGAGGCAGUGUAGCGUGUUAUUCCGCUGAUCCUGCAGCGGUGUUGGGUGAGGAAUGAGGAGCGGGCUGCCCCUUCCCUUUUCAUAUUCACAAUCUCGAAGUUUUUAUUACACCGGCUGUGAGAGUUGUUUGUCCGGUCCGUAUCUCAAUAUGGAUAUUAUUGCGUGUAUGGUCUGCUGCUUUCUUCGAGCAAAGAUGCUAUCGUCCCGGUAUCGUAUUUUCAUCACGUGCUGGAUAAAUGUCAUCUUUAUUUAGUAUGUUUCAUAGUCAGUUAGAAAAGCCCGUUAUAUGAGCCUUUCUUUUCAUAUCCAGUCAUGUUUCACGUAACAUUUGUUGUUAAUACUGGUUUUAAUACUCUACAGCGACGAUGUGUAACCCCUUCUCGUGUUUCUAUGUUUUACUACCACGAGUUUUGGUAGCUUUUCUGGUGUUCUGUGUUUUAUACAAUAUCCCUCAUAGUGGUCCUCAAGCGUUGUGUUUCGUUGAUCCUGUAGUAUUGUUAGUUGUAAGCUGAGGCUUUACACGAUGCUACUCUUUUCUGUAAUGCAUUUUUGUGCUGUUGUUCGUUGGUGAGAUGAAGAGGUUGAUUCCAUUCACAAUAUACUUUACAUUUUUA